GGUCUAGCCACGGACGGCAUAACAACGUUGAAAGGGUCGUCGGAACCGUUCGCCGGUGCAACCAGUGCAGGUAUCACGACUGCCGUCAUACCGACCGAUACCGCGCAAACUCAUCGCAGGAGGCGUUUGGUGAUCGGUUACCACGACCGCGGCUCACAGCAACAGGAGCAACACGUGAUCGCCACCUCCGGCACCGCCGCCACCGGUUGCGACUUGUGCGACAUCAGCGAUCACCGGCACAUCCACCACACCGGCGUGUCCGUCGCGGCGACCACCGCCGUCGUCGAAAACUUUACGGUUCAGCUGACUCCGCAGUCGCUAUCCGCGCCGCCGCCGCUGCCACUUCCGCAGUCGCAGUGCUCUUGCUACGCGUUUCCGGCGGACCAGCACCAGCCGAUACGCCCGUCGAUCGGACCCGCACGGUUUCGCGGCAACUGCAGACUGGCCGUCAGGACGUUGCCGUACCCGCAGCCGCAACAGCUUCCGCUUCCGGCCGCCGGCGUCACGCGUAACCACCACAUCCACCACCAAUCCCAACUGGCGGACGGCCUCUGUCACUGCCGCGUCGCCACUGCAUUGGCCGCCAAUCAGCACCAGCACCAGCUGUCGCACCAACAGAUGCUAUUCGUCCCGUUUUCCAUGCCCGCCAACUACGGCAAUCACAUCGCGUGCCCGGCACAGCCGUCUGCCCCGGCCGGCGGCGGGUCGGCAGCCGCAGCAGCCGCAGCGGCCGCCGCGGCUGCGGCUGUGGCCACGCUGUCCAACGGCGGUAACCCGAACGCGGUCAGCCCGUCAGCCGCAGCCACGGCCAUCGUCAACGGCAACGCAGCAGCCGGACUUAAGGAAAUGAAACUAAACUGGGUAUCGUCACCGGGACCUCAGCUGAAAGCCGACACAAGUAAACACCAUCACAUUUUUGUUGGUGACCUGAGUCCUGAAAUCGAGACGCAAACACUGCGAGAAGCUUUCGCGCCUUUUGGUGAAAUAUCGGAUUGCCGAGUAGUACGAGAUCCACAAACGUUAAAAUCAAAAGGCUACGGCUUCGUGUCGUUUCUGAAAAAAGCUGAAGCCGAGAGUGCGAUCGCUGCGAUGAACGGUCAAUGGCUAGGCAGCAGGAGCAUAAGGACAAAUUGGGCGACCAGAAAACCACCGACGUUAAAAACCGACUCUAACACAAAGCCGCUGACGUUUGACGAAGUUUACAAUCAGUCGAGCCCGACCAACUGCACCGUGUACUGUGGUGGACUGACCAGCGGACUCACAGACGAACUGGUGCAGAAGACGUUCGCUCCAUUCGGUAACAUCCAAGAGAUACGGGUGUUCAAAGACAAGGGUUACGCAUUCGUCCGAUUCGCCACCAAGGAAUCGGCCACGCACGCUAUAGUGGCCGUCCACAAUUCGGACAUCAACGGGCAGCCGGUCAAGUGUUCGUGGGGAAAAGAGUCCGGUGAGCCGAUCGUGUCGCAAAACGCGUCUCAAGUGUGCUCGUCGCAGGCGGCGCUUAGCAGCACACAGUUCCCGUACACUGCCGCGGCGUACGGCCAGCAACUCGGUUACUGGUAUCCACAGAGCUAUCCGGCCACACAGCUACAGGGACAGUUCCUGCAGGGCGUCCAAGGUUACACUUAUGGACAAUUCGGCUAUCAACAAGGAUACCUUGGCCGGAUGGGAAUGCAAGCACUGCCGACGGGAGCGACAACCGCGUGGACUCAACCAGGUGCCCUACAACCGGGCCAGCAGAUCGCAUCCGCCGUAGCGGCUCAACAGUCGGCGCCGGCACCAGCCCCGCCGCCUGCCGCUGCUGCCAUGAUACCGGCCUAUCCGACGCUCCACCAGUUUCAGGUAAAACAACACCCCGCACCUGUGCAGGCGUCCGCGUGGCCCAUGUAUGAUCACCUCCACCACCACCAUCACCACCUCCACCACCAACACCAUGGUGGUUACGAGGCCAACGAGCUGUCCAUACUGAAAAUGGCCACCUCGUGAUCAGGCUCCACAGCCGCAGCCUCCACCGCCGCCGCCGCCAUCGCCCGCAACAUCCACAGCCUCCACAGCCAACCGAUUCGACAGCGCUUAUCGUCCCACGACAUUGUAUUACGUAUCCUAAACCUCUAACGAAUAGCGUCCCAUUUUUCAGCUCGUGCAUAUUUUUUGUAUCGAUUAUUUUCGAAAAUCCAAUACGUCAAUAUCGAUACGACGACGCGCAAAUUUUUAUCUCCCCCCCCCCUCUUCCUCAUGACGCGAUGAUAAACCACUCGUAAGAUCCUCACCACCCGCACACCUAUCACGCGCUUUCGUUAUUAUUAUAAUUAGUUUUUUUUUUUUUAAAUUAUUAUUAUCAUUAUUAUUAUUAUUAUUAUUAUUAUUAUUAUUAUUAUUAUUUACGCUAUUAAUAUAAAUACGAUACCGGUGGAUUGCAAACUCAAUGUACGCAUCCGGUAUUCAAUAAGAUUAUUAUUUGUAUUAUUAAUUAUAAUUAUUGUCUAUUAUAGUUUUUUUUUCGAAUCUGACGAAUUCGACAUGCACAUAGUUUUGAUUAAACGUAUAUAGUUAAUUUUGUAGACGAGAAUGCUCUUGACGUUAUUAUUAUUUACAAUUUUAGUAGAAUUUUUUUUUUUUUUAUAAUUUUGUAUAUUUUAAUUGUUUUUAUACUGCUACGAGGCGAACAUUCGGCAAACCCCGCGUAUCCCGUUCGGACAAACUGUCAUGUGAACGCAUUUGAGUGUGUUUAGGUUUGCACAGGAAAUAGAUUCAUCUCACCCCCCACUCCGCCCACUACACCAAAAAAUAAAUCGCACCACCGUUGUGUUUAUUGUGCUUGUGAAAUAUUUUGUCGACGAACUUAACUUCGAUUUUCCUCUCUUACAUAAUACUUACCUGUUAUAAUAUUAUGUUUCCGACGACGGCGAUUGCAAUAGUAUCGUGUUUUCAUUGCUAUUUCUUACUUAUAUUAAGCAGUGAAAAAUUAUCACUUUACGGUGUUAAUCUACGUGCCAUUCGAAAAAUGAAAUAUUCAUCACUCGGAUCGUGAUAUCGAUAAUUUUUAUUUAUUAUUUUUUUUUUAUUUUUAAAUUCUGAAAACACGCAAAUGCGUCAAACAUCCGUCGACGAUGCAUUGCAGUCGUUCGGUCGCCGUUUUUUUGAAUAUAUAAUUCAAUAUAUUGCUUCUCCCGACAAAUACGUCCAAAAGUCACGUGUUUUGUACAAGUUCCUCGCACAAAAAAACCACAUACACAGUCCUCACACGGAAAAUAAAAAUAACUAACACACAUAUUGAUUAUUUACACGUAAGAUGUAAUACUAUAUAAGGGCACUGAUAUGGUUUGCAGAUAGCCGACGAAGAGUGGCUUACGCCGAGCCUGCUGGUCUGAGGACGACUGAAUUCUGGAGCCCAAAAACGCGAUACGAUAAUUCUUCCAAACUCCGCCUUCUGCUACACACAUAGUCAAGCCAAUCAAAUUUACAAAACCCCGAAAACCCUGCCGGUGUACCGAACGAAUUGUAAAUAAAUCAUUUGAGGCGCCAAAAAAAAAAUAAUAAUAAUCAAUAUUAUAUAUAUAUAUUAUAUUAUACGAGCCGGUAUAUUAAUGUAUUAUUAUUCGUUUGUACGGUGUCGAACCCCCGAUGGGUCGCAUUCGGUCAUAAAAACAAUAGAUCGCUAACCAAAUAAAAAAACGUAACAUAUCAUCGACACGAGUGAUGAAGAAUUGUGAUAAAAAAAAAAUAAUAAAAUCGAUAAUUAAACCAUAAAAACGAAAAAAAAAAAUUAUUUAGUCAUAAAAUAUUUAGUAGACAAGUUAACGAUGGAUGAUAUACAUAAUUGUGCUUAUAUGCUCAAAAAAACAAAAAUAAUAAUUAAAAGUAACUAAUAAUGAUUUAAUUAUAAUAUGUUAUAAUAUACAAUACUGAUAACGACAUUAUUGAAAAGUGUAGGACAUCGAUUGCCAAACGAUUUUUUUUAUACAUUGGAAAAAAAUAUGAUAUAUUUUUAUUCAACACAUUUCUGUUGAUGUUUUUAUUUAUUAUUAUUUUUCUUUUCACUUCACCUGUUUGAAUAAUAUUAAUGAAGCAUUUUGUAUGAUAUAUGGCUCCAGAGAACAAAAGUGUUGAUAUAUAUGUAUAUAAUCGAAUGUUAUAUAUAUUUAUAUAUAUAUUGUACACUAACACACGCGCGCCAGAAACACACGAACGCCACACGUGUGCAUGUGCGUGUGUAUGUAAAUAGUAUGUUAUCGAUAGCGAUCAAUUCGCUCAUUUUGUAAUAACGAAUCUAGGCAUAACGCGUACUACCUACAUAGUUAUUACUACUAUUAUUUUUUUUGCAAUGUAAUAAUUUCGCUACAUUUUGCUGUUUUAUCUGACUUUUGUAAAUAUUUAUAUGGAAAGAAAAUAAUACUUUUAUAGCGAGCUGUUUUCAUUUUUAUAGAAUGUUAUAGGUAAUACGAUUACAUUAUAUUUUGUUGUGUUAUGUUUGUCAGUUUUUGGUUUAACUAUAUGAUAAUAUCAUUAUUGAAACGUGUCCCUUUGAAUAAUAAUAAUAAUAAAAACAAAUAAUAUUAAAAUAACAAUACCAAUUACACGAAAAUAAUCACGUCCACUAGCUCUAUAUUAUGAUGUAACGUAUAUGAUAAAAACAAUUUUUUUUUUUUAUCCAAAGUAAAGAUCUUUGCUUCGAGUGCUCCCCACCGAAAUUAUUUCCUGUGCUCAAUACACUCACAUCACACACCACCAUUUGUCUGCCAGUUUAAAUCACCAACUUUUUUGUUUGUUUCUUUAUAUAUAUUUAUAUAUAUAUAUAUAUAUAAUAAUGUCCCGGAAAAUAAUCGUAUUGGUGGUUUUUUUUACGACUCCCUAGUAUAAAGUGUAAUAUUAUUUUACUAUUAUAUAAGAAUAAACUAUGUAAAUUAAAGUGUGCUAUAUUGUAGUAAAUGUAUUUUUUUUUUUUUUUUAAGAAACACAACUAAUUAAUUAGAUGGGAAGCGUGCGUAGGCCGAAUCGUAGCAAUCGAGUAGUUUUAUAAAAUAAAAAUAACUAUAUAUUAUAUUAUAGUAUAUAUUAUAUAUAUAUAUCAAAUUAUUAAUAACGAAAAGAGCGAAAGGAAAAAUAACUUUCGAAUAAAACGAAAAGCGUGUACAUAUAAAUAAAACAAUUAUACUAUAUAAAUAUUGAUGAAUAAUAUAAUCGCCUAGUAUAAACCAAAGUGUAACGUGUAAGCAUAGUGUGUAAGUUACACUGGUCGUGUACCAGACGAGCUAAGUCAUAAUUAUUAUUAUUGAAGAAUAAAAAAAAAUUAUGUACAUUGUAAUAUUUAGGUUAAAUUUGCACCAUAUGAUAUAAUUAUUACGACGUUAAUACAUAAUGAUGAUUAUAGAGUUAUUAAAAAAAAAUUUAAAAAUACGAAAAAAACGAAAAAAAAAAUUAUAAACAAAAAUCAUUAGUUGUUAGUGUUUUUUUAGGAUUAAUAUUAAAAUAUAUUAUUGUAAUACAUUAUAAUACAUGUUGUGCAAGUAAUUUUUAAGUACCAUAAAUAUAACAAGUAAAAGAAUGUUAUAACUGUUAUUUAACUAGUAUAACUAUAUUGAUGACCAUAAUAUAUAACGAUAUGUAUGUUAAGACGAAUGAGCCACUGUUUUGGAGAGUUUCCUGCCAAAAAGCACGCCAUACCUAUAACAAUGUAAUAUAAUAUUAUACAUUACACAAUAAUAUUUGAAAAUAAAAUGAACCGUACAUCCGAAA